AAUCCAUUGGCUUUGGUAGGUAGACGGUCUAUUGUCGUGCGACUGUGUCGAUACGCACCACGUUUCCCCACUGCCUUUUAUUCACCGACGGGAUCGAAUCCACGAGUAAAAGUCACACUUCAUUCCUCCCGAUCUUCACCAAGAUCUUCCAAUUACUGGUUUUGAAUAAUAAGAUCGCUCUGAAUACACGGAAUUUAGUCAACAAUGGUGGCAUCCACGGUAGGAGCUAAUGGCAAUGAUAUUUCGUCUACAACAGCAACACCCGCUGCCGGUAUUCCAUAUGGUCAUUAUCGACUAGUUGGAUGGGACAUGGAUACAACUGGAAAAAUGCUUGUCGAUGAGAUAUGCCAAAUUGCCGGCUACACGCCGAGCUCGUCUUUUGCCCAGUACGUAAUGCCAUUUAAGAAUCUCACACCUGCGGCUAAAAAACGUCACAAUCUCAAAGUCGUCACUGUGGGGAGAUACAGAUUAUUAAAAAACAUCAAAACCAAUAAGGUAUUAAAAACCAAGAGUGAGAUCUCUGCUAUCACAGACUUUCUUGACUGGCUCGAGGAAGUGAGGAGCAAUGCUGUUGAUGGUGUAAUUCUCAUUCACCAUGAAUCAAGAAAAGUCAUUCCGGCGAUGCUACUUGCGUCACUUAUUAAGUUCGAUCUUCUGGAGAGGUUCAAGAAGACUGUCAAAGGUUUCGCCAAUGGGUUCAACAUUGCCAGUGUUAAAUGUUCCGAUACCAUUCGUGCCUUCUCACUGAGGACUCUGUCACGUGUUCUACUCAAUCAAGAAGUCGAACUAGAAGAUGCAGUCGAUCGUGCACGUUUGGCCCUUCAGAUAGUUCAACACUUGAGCAUUGACGAGGCAAAGGCCGCCGAGGGCAGUGGUGACAGUGAUACCACAUCAAAGGCAACUAUUGAGUUUACCAGAGAAUUUGUUCAGCCAGUUGCAGCAGAAGAGGAGGAAUCUGAGAAGCUGAAGCUUGUGCUUGACAGGCAGCACAGUCUGCUGCCAGUUUUUGGCCAUUUACUUUCUAUGAAUCGCAAAGUAAGACAGCAUGCUUCACCCCUCAGGAGACUUCUCGCUGAAUCCAAUAUCGAUUAUGUACAACUCAAGGAGGCCUGGUCCGAGGAGGCAAAGUAUGGAUUGGAAAGAUUGAUCAAGAAGAGAGCGUCGAGUGCAACGAAUACGGAAAUUGAGGAUCUUCUUGAACUACUUGAGUGCCACUUUGACCCAGAAAAAACGCUAAAGGUCAAAGUCGAGACUAAACAGAGGAAAAGAUCAAAGAAGAACAAAGAGAACCGCAAAGAUGCCUCGGGGAUGGAGAGCCCAGACACCACAACUUUGCAUUUACCGAUUAAAGUAGCAGACGAAUCACUUGAUAAUGCCACGGCUUUGCCAACAACAGCAUAAUAAAUAUUCACCUGCCUCCAACGAAAUACCCCCCGUAGGGUGUUUGUGAGUAGGAAAUGAGGGUGAAUGGAAUUUUUGGAGUAAACCAAACAAUUUUCAAUACCCUAGAGAUAAGAGUUCAGUUUUUUUAGUUGAAAAUUAAAUUUUUUCGUUUACGAGGGAACGUUUCCCCGAGCCUGAGAACGCAGGAAAGUUCAGAUGGCUUUAAUUAUUAAUCAACUCGUUUAUUGUUAAUAAUAUUUGAGAUAUAUAUUUUGUUAGGUGAGAUUGUUAUUCAUUCUCCAAUUCUAGAGUUCAUGAUCAUUAAUAUUUUUUUAUUAAACAAUUUUCUAUAAGUGAUUAAUGUUAAGAGAGAAAAUAUAUUUUUCGAAGCAUUAUAAAGUGGGAAAAUUUUAUAUCUGCAUGAUCUAGAUCAUCGUAGAUAUCGAAGUUCACUCGAAAUACGCAUAUGCAUUUUUUUUUUCAUUUUUCGAUUCCCAAAGAAAAACAUUUUUAUUUUCGUUACAAACAAGUACGUAAUGUCAAUUCAUAAUCGAUACACUUCAAGUAAUGAUUAUGACUAUUUAAGAAAGCAGCUAAAUGGAUUUUUAGUUAUUAUUUCGAUCUCAUUGUACUGAUAAAAAAAAUGAAAUAAAGAGAUUUACGAACGAA